CUAUUCUAAUGAAGCAGAAGAAGACAGCAGACCCUGAGAAAAAACAGAUGCUGAGAGACAGAAAAGAGGAGGAGCUUUGACAGCCAUUACGUCAUUUGUUAGUCUGAGGAACAGAUAUAUUGCCCAUGAGAGAAUCACUGCCUCCCUGUAUCCAUUUCUAAGUGUGUGGACACACAAGAAAGACCGAAAGUGAGCCCCACAAAGACGAGAGUUUAACAGAGCAUCUUCCACUGCUGAUCAAACAUGUCUCAACUGGGUAAGGAAGAAGAUGAUCAAAUGCAGCGUCCUGAGGUAAGAGAAGAGGAACUGAAUGAAACUAAGAACAGACUGGGACUGAGUGGACCAGCGAAGAGCAAAACGACUGAAGUGAUGGAGGAGUGUGAGAAAGCGGGUAAAGCUGCUCCCUCUGUGUUCAGCAGAGCAAAGUCAGGAGGCGAGACAGCCUUAAACACGCGCUCAGCUAAACCAAUCAGGAAGUAGCAGCAGACCUUUUGACCGUGAUGUGACAACACCUUUUCCUGAUUAAGUUUUUGUUAUGUUCCAGCUGUGUUUGAUGGAAGAAAAAUCCUUUUGAGGAGCUUUGUGUUUUUUGUAAAACUUGCUUUAAUUUGAACACUUUUUUGUUUGUGAACUUUAAUUUUUCCUCUAAUAACAGCUAUGUGUGAACUUGUAAAACCAUUCCUGUUGUUUUCAGAGAAUUUUGUCCAACCAUUCUAAUGUUUUUGUAAAAAUGGCAAUUUCUCAGUUUUAACGGAAGGGAAAAGUAUUAAAAGGGCAAAAAAGCAACAUUUGAACAAAACUGUGAUGUUUACCUUUCACACACAAAAAAAAGUCUGGCCUUGCACAUAUUCUUUAUGCAAAUAUAUUUUAAAACAGGUAUGUGAUAUGUUCACUUUUUAAGAAAUAAUGAAAAGGUUUUGUCAAAUGGGAGAACUAUUGAAAAAAAAGGAUUUCUUUGAGAUAAAUAAAAAAAUUCCUUUAAAUAAAAA